AUGGAGGUCUCGAGCCCGCCCAAGCGAAUGACUCGCGCCCGGGCAGCUGCGCACGCGGGCAGCACAGCAACCACCAAGACCACCAAAGCCGCCCCGACAAAGCCCACCACCACGCGUACCGCCGCCUCAAUGAAAAGGAAAGCGCGCGCAGAUGAAGACGAUGAAGACCAUGAGGAAUCCCAACAACAGGCCGAGGCUCCCGCUGCUGCCGAGGCCGGCCCCAAGCCCGUGAGAGCACGAGGCCGGCCCAGGAAGGUCGUCGAGCCAGAGCCAGAGAAGGAGCCUGAGUCCAAGCCUGCCACAUCUACGCAAGCAACAGGAGGACACACUGCCGCACGCGCGACGCGCGGUCGCCCGAAAAAGACAAUCGAGGAACCCUCCAAGCCAGAGCCCGUCAAGACAACACGAACGCGCACAAGAAAGGCUCAAACAGAUGAAGACAAGACACCUGCCGCCUCCGCUCCCGUCAAGAAGACGACGACCCGAGGCCGUGCCGCUCCCGCUGCCACCAAGGCGGCCGGCACUAUUUGCACUGAGCCAACCACCAACCCUACGCCUGGCUUGAAGUCCAACAUAUCCAGACCCGCGUCCAGGAUCGCCACUUCUACUAAGAAAUCGGUAACUUUCCAGGAACCAGAGAAGGAGAAUAUGGUUCCCCCUCUCGCUAACAAGGCAAAGUCAAAGACGGAUACCGAACCAGCGACCGGCAUGCGCGCCAAGCCAGUGCGCAAGGCUGCUGCUGCCACAAGGGCUACACGAACCAGCGCCAGAACUGCUACGUCUGCCGACAAGAAGGAGAAGUCGGCCCCUCUAAGCCCUAAGAAGGAUGGUCAGAAUCGCCCACUCUCCAGAGCUAGCAAUUCUGAUGAUGAGCUUGCCGGCUAUGAUGAACCUGUCAAGCCCUUGAUGAAGAGUCCGGUCAAACCCCCCGUUCACAGAAACGCGGAUAUGGCCAUGACAGCGGCUCCUAGCACUGAGGAGGGCCGCGAGUGGUCAGACGAUGAUGACGAGCUAGCUGGCACAUCUGUCUUUGCUAGUCCUGCCAAGAGACUCCCCUCGACGCCUUUCAAGGACACAAUGAAGUCACCAGCCAAGAGAUCGGAAGGUGUUCCGCAAUUGUUAUUCUCUGGUCAAGCAGUUGACACUGAAACUGCCCAAUCUCCUUUUAAACCCUCUGCUCUACAAUCGCCUGCCAAGCGACCCCAGGUCCCCAUUCCUGGCCUCCAGGCACCCUCUGCUGAGUCAUCAAGCCAACCCAAGUCACCCUUCAAAGCAUCGCUGCUGGGAUCGCCAGCCAAGAGGCCAAUGUCUCCGAUCAAGUUCGCGGAACCAGUUUCUCGUACUGUAAAUAUCGACGCGCUCUCCUCACCUGCGCCGAAACCAUUAAUGGUGGAUGGGCCAGCUGCUACAUUGCCCAUGGAUGAGGAUCAAAUUGAAGAGGCAAAUGCUUCUUCCGAGCUGCCAAGUGCUGAUGGUGACAUUGACAUGUCAGAGGACGAUGAGGAAAUCAAUCUUGAAUCACCCGUUCAGCUUGAGUUCCCAGGCCGCCUCUCUGCUGUACUUCCUCGACAUGCAGACCCCGCUUUGCAAGACAAGUCUUCACCACUCAAGGCCCUCUCCGCUGCUCAACUGGAGCCUUUCCCCAUUGCUCCCGAGGAGAGUUCGGUUGCUGCAGGGCAAGCUGCACAUGUGGCUGCAGAGGAAGUAGCCAUGGAGGAUGCAGAGGAAGACAAUAUGGAGGUCGACAACGCUGUCAACGAGGAUGCGCUUGUUGAAACACCUGCACAGGAUGAUGUUGAUUCCCCGAAUGACACUUCUGACACGGAAACGAAUAUUCUGCCAGAAUCCGAAGAUGGCAACCUCGACGACGAGCCUGUCACUGGUGACCAAACCGCAACUGAAUCUCAGGAUGACAACGAUGCACGAUUUUCUGCAGUCCCCGCCACGCCUACUCCUGGGUCCUCCAAGGCAUCCAGAAGCGGUCUACCUUCAAGCGCUAUCAAGAAUGCCGGUCGUGCAAUUCGGUCUGUGACUAGGAGUUCAAAAUUGAGUUUUACGCCAUUGGCCAAGCAAUUGGGUGAAUGGCGAUCGGGAAGUCCAUUGAAGACGAGCACCCUUGCAGCAUCUCCAUCGGACAGUGAAGGCUAUUCCCUGGUCGAGGACCAGGCUAGCACCCCUGGUCAAUCUCCUGCAAAGGGAACCUUCUUUGAGGAUGAGAUGCGGGUUCGUGCAGAAAUGGAAGCAGGAAUGGGAAGCGAGGCCGAGGCUGAAAUGAUGGCCGCUAUUGAGGCAGACCUUGCUGCCAGCUUUGAGGAGCCCGAGGAACCCGACUUUGACGAAAUCCCUGUCACAAGUGAGGACGUACAGUUAGCUGCCGAGGCGAAUGAAAUGUCGCUGCUUGAGCCCGAGGAGGUUGAGCAGGUCAUUGAAGCCCAGGCUCAUGACGACACAAUCUCAGAAGCCAGCCAAGAAUAUGGCGAUGAGAACGCGCUUCCCAUUGACCCGGCUUUGUUGGGUUCCAACGGCAGACAAGCUCCUGUCACACCCGUUCGACCUUCGGCCAUGCGCACCUUCAACACAACCACCAAGGUUCCCUUGAAACCAGCUGAUGACUCGACACCAAAGAGCAUGAAGAGGCGCAGCGCAAGUGCUUCUCGAGUUCCGGCAAAGCGGCCUACAGGUCCCACCAGAAAUGCGACCGUCAUCUCGUACUCGCCGACCAAGGAAUCAGCCGAGGAGGAUCUCCUGGACGAGGAGCACGAUGAGCAACCCCCGGUCACACCAUCAAAGUCCGAUAUUUGGUCCAGCAUUGGCACACCAGCUCGCACACCUAGGCAUGAUUUGAACCCAACUCUACUUCGCGGUGCCGUCGUCUUUGUCGACGUUCACACUAGCGAGGGUGCGGAUGCCAGCACUGUCUUUAUCGACUUGCUCACGCAAAUGGGCGCUCGCUGCGUCAAGAGCUGGCCUUGGAACCCGGCCAACCCCUCAGAGGCCGAAUCCUCAACAUCGAAGAUUGGCAUUACACACGUUGUCUACAAAGAUGGCGGCAAACGAACCAUGGAAAAGGUUAGGGAGAGCGGCGGUGUCGUUCAAUGUGUUGGGGUCUCUUGGGUCUUGGACUGUGAACGCGAGAAUGAGUGGCUCGAUGAAGCCCCUUACUAUAUCGACACCGCUCUGGUGCCCCGUGGCGGCGCACGUCGCCGUAAGAGCAUGGAGCCCAAGGCCAUUGCCAACCUCAAUGGUACACUAGUCACGCCAGUGAAGCAGGCACCAGCACCCCGCGAGUGCCAGACGGUCCCCAACAACCGCAUGGGCAGACGAGACAGCACAGUCUGGAUGCACUCGCCCUCCAAUCCCAAUGACGAGGAUGAGGAAAUGGAAGACGUUGGACACGAUGACUGGGACGGUAGCAUGCUUACUCCAGUGCCUAAGACGCCUGCUCCAGAGGCACUUCAUCGUUAUGUCUCGGAAUUGGAUGUUACACCCGAGACCCCGGGUGCCGAUUGGUCGGGAGCCGACUCACCCGAGAAAAAUGAAAUGCUUAUGCGAACAGCACCGCCCAAGCAGACCACAUUUGCUGAUCUGGGCCAAGGUAUCUUGGGCCAAAACAAGGACCAGAGCGUUUUGAUGCGACUCAUGGCUGCUCGUCGCAAGAGCAUGCAGUUUGCUCCCAAGAUUGCAUCUCCUUUAAGCAAAGCUUGGAACUAG